AUGCGAAACUCUUGCCACUCAUUUAAGACAAUUUUAUGGUGGCAACGUGUGUUACGUUUCUUCCAACCAAAAGAAGUAGAACAUGCAUAUUAUGAAAGAACUAUUUUCUUUGAGACUCGGAAGAAGAAUGACACACUUGUUAAUUAUGAAACAAUCAAGAAACAUGCUCAAAUUCAAGAAUUGGUGCAGUCUGAACCGUCUCUUCCUACCAUAGAAAUUGUAGAAAAAUGCUUUGGACCUCAAACUCGUAGCCAUGUAUUUGGAUUUGGUGGUGGAGUAAAGGCGAAAGAUUUUAAAGGUGGGACUUCCUCAAAGGUUGAUUUAUUGUCUGAGCUACGUUCAACUCGAGAAGAAAAUCAAUCUUUGAAGGAACGCUUGUCUAACUUUGAAAAGGAGAUGAAAGAACUGACACAAUUGAAAGAGUGGUUUUUAGCUCAACACUCCAAUUUCCAGCCUCCGACAUCAAAAUGCUCAGGAGAAUGACUAUUCCUUUGAUGAUACCAAGUUAGUAAUAACUUACUCAAAAUUAUAAUUUUCUUUAAAAUAUAUUUGCUUGCUUGGUCGAUUUUUGAAGCAUAAGCAUACUCCCUGUAUUGGGAUACGUGCCCUCCUAUAGCUAGUAACUUCAAUUGAAAUAUCUAUUAAGAGGUUAAGAAAUGAAAUAUUAACAUGAACUCUUAACUGUGUAACAUUCUGAUAGCUUCUUUUUGGAAAUAAAGUUCCAUGUUCUAGCUGGGUUGUAUUAGAUCGCAUAAAGGAUACAAAACAAGAGGUAGACUAUGCUAAUCCGGGGCAAAGACUGCAGUUAUAAACUAUAGACACACACAGUAAUUACAUCGUAGAGAUUUAUCUUACAAAAAAAUUUGUUUUGUCGCAUCUUAUUCUUAUGCUAGGCAUCUGCCAUUUGACUAGAUUGUAUGUUCCCUUGGCAUUUCUUGGGAGGUCUUGAUACUGAGAUGAAAAUUUCUGGUAGACAAUUAAUCUUUUAGGAACAGGUCUAAGUUUGUCAAUAGUGUCCCAGAUACUCCGUCAUGGCUGCUCCGUAACAAAGUUAGGAAAUGUACUAUUCAGUGCAACUUUCAGAGUCCAUAUGAUAUGGUAUUGAAUCUGCCUAUUCACAAUAUUAGUAUGAUCCUCCUUAUUUAUAGGAAGUGAUGCCCUUUGAAAGCUCCAACAUAUUACAAUCGGGGUGAAAAGUAAAGUCAUCUUUUGCGCCAUAUUUUUAGGCUUUGUAGUAAACCAGUUGUUGACAUUAGCUAG